AUGGCCUCCAUCUUCCCCCGCUGGAAGCUGGCCCUGGAGCGCUUCGGCUGGCGCGGCUGCUGGGACCAGAUGUUCGCCAUGGGGACCGUGAAAAUUGGCGGCGUCAAAAUUGGGGAAGAUGUGCACGGAAACACUUAUUGGGAGGACCGGAACGAGAAGCACUGCCAGCACCGCUGGGUCCAGUACAAGAACACCUGGGACUUCGACGCGGCCAUGGUGCCGCCGUCGUGGCACGGCUGGCUCUGCCACAUGACCGACGAGCCGGGCCCGAACUCUGCCGCUUUCCUGGAGGACAAACUCAAGUCAGUAGCUCAGCUCGACACGCACGACGACGGGCCCUACACGUCGCACUUGGGACGAUCUCCCUACAAGGAGGAAGAGCAUUGGAUGACCAAUGAGACGCAAUUACGCAAUAGGGGCUACGGUAUCGGUAGCAUGCUGAAGCCCGAUCCGAACGAACCGGACAAGUACUACAAGCAGCCCGGUAGCGAGACGUCCGGUCAGGCCGGUGAGUACGCGAGGAGGAAGGGCUACGAGCCCUGGGAUCCCUCAGAUGCCGGUGGCGCUAAGGCGGACAAGAUGAAGGGGCUGCGUCCGCUGUCGGAACCCUGACUAAGUUCAUGCUUAGAUAGUUACGCGUCGCGUCGAUGGCGUACUUGGGGUUAUUACUCUUUGCGGGCCUUGAGCGCGGCUCGCGCGCGUCGCAGUGCGCGCUCGAUUCCUGUUGUAAGCGGGUGUGUGCCACCGAGCACGCGCCUCGCGGUCGGUUCCAUCUCCUCGAGCGUCGUCACGGCCUCGUUGAGAUCGUCGAGCGUGGCGCCGGCGUCGCUGUAGAGCGCCAUCGCGUAAAUCGACCUCAUCCUGAGCGUGACUUGAUCAUCUCUGAGUACGCGUCGCGCCACGGGUAUCACUGGGCGCAAUAGUGAUUUGGUUUCUUCGAAGCGCUGAUAAUUAAGAAGGGUCAACGCGCAGUUGUUGGCUGCCAAUACCACGCCGACAAAAAAUACAAAGAGGCCGUCGCGGAGGCCGUCGAGGCGUGCGCGGACGACACGAAGGGCCAGAAUUGCUACAUCUGCACCCAGGCCCUCCACUGGAAGACGAAGGAGGGCCUCGUGCGCGGGUGCUCGUGCCGCGGGACGGCGGGCUUCGCGCACGUGUCGUGCCUGGCGGAGCAGGCGAAGAUUUUGGUCGAGGAGGGUGAGGAUAACAAUUUGGGCCUUAAGGCGAUGACUGAGCGGUUCGAGCGGUGGUACACGUGUAGUCUGUGCGAGCAAGAUUACCACGGCGUCGUGGCGUGUGCGCUCGGGUGGGCGUGCUGGAAAACGUACGUGGGCCAGCCGGAGGCGGACCGGUUUCGGCGCCUGGCGAUGUCGGGGCUUGGAAUCGUUCUGUCCGCUGCCGACCACCACGAUGACGCUUUGUCCGUGAAAGAGGCCGAGUUGUCUAUGAAGCGACGCCUUGGCGCAUCGGAACACAGCAUGCUCGCCGCGCGGAGCAAUCUUGCGGGCUCGUACCAAGCGCUUGGAAGGCACGAGCGGGCACUGCAGAUCCAACGAGAUGUAUACUCUGGGUACUUGAGGCUAGAGGGCGAAGAAUAUAGAAAUACCCACGUAGCAGCCAACAACUACGCGGUGACCCUUGCUCGUCUACAGCACCUCGAAGAAGCCCGGGCACUGUUCCGCAAAACGAUCCCCUCGACGCGACGCGUGCUCGGCGAGAAUGAUGGUCUUACGCUCGAGAUGACGGCGAAUUACGCGAAGACGCUCGGCGGCCGCGAGGCCGUGACGAUACUCGAGAAAUUGGCACCGACUGCGCGGCGCGUGCUCGGUGGUGCGCACCCGCUCGCAAUGAAUAUUGAGGAAACCCUGCGAUGCGCGCAAGCAGACCUCCGCGCCCGCGAAGAGUAA